AUGUCGAAAAUUAUUACGAGUGAAAUACCAUACACUACAUUAACUGAAACAAAUUCCACUUCUCGUGGUUCAAUAACGACUCUAGAUUCACUUGAUAGUGCUCAAUAUGUUGGAAAUGAAAAUAUUGAACAUUCAUGUCGAAUUUGUGAGAGUAAAUUAAUUAAAAAACAACAACCUGAUCAUACACCUAUUGAAUGUCUUGGUCAACGGUGUCAAAUAUUAGAAGCUGAAAAAAUCAAACUCAAAGAUCAUGAUAUAAAAUCACGUAUUCAAAUUGAAGAACUUGAAAAUAAAAUAACAAUGUUAGAAGAUGCCAUUAAAGGAUUGACAGCACCUAAACAACUUCAAGCAGCUCCAUUUAAUUUUAUUGAUAUAUCAACACAUGAACCAGAAAUUAACUAUGAUAAUAUUUUACCACCAAAACGGUCAAAUAGUCGAGAACGAGUUGGACUUUUUGGUAGUCUUGGUGCAGCGUCACAAUAUCCACACUAUAAUUAA